GAUGGAGACGCAGACGCAUGAUUUUGACGUCACGCAGUCGCGCGCGCAUGUUGUUGUUGUAAAGUGGCAGUGACGUGGAUUUUUAUGAUUUUAUUGAGUGAAUUGAGGUUUACCGAACUGGAUUGACGCGCCUGACAACAAAAUGUGGAUUUUGAGUCCAGUGGAGCACGGAGGUCAGACCCAUUAUCUCCUCUCCGCUAAAGAAUAUGUGGUGGGUCGCAAGAACUGUGACAUCCUGCUGCCCAAUGACCAGUCGAUCAGCAGAUUUCAUGCCCACCUGAUCGUUACUGAUCAGACCCUGACCCUGAGGGACACCUCCAAGUACGGUACCUCCAUAAACAGCCAACCCCUACCAGAGAACACUCCAGUCACCCUCAAGUCAGGGGACAACAUUACAUUUGGAGUUUUUCUAUCCAAAUUCAGUGUGGAUUAUCUGAAGCCAGUGGUGUGUUCUUCUUGUUUGGACAAUGACGGCAAAGCAGUACUUUCUCAGGCUGUGCAGGUCUUUGGAGGUAAGCUGGUGAGCUUGUGGACUCAAGACUGCACCCACUUGGUCAUGCCUUCUGUUAAAGUCACCAUCAAGACGAUAUGUGCUCUGCUGUGUGGCUGUCCCAUUGUGAAGCCGGAUUUCUUCUCAGAGCUCAGCACAGCCGCUCAACAGAAGCUGCCCCUUCCUCAAGCUGAGAGAUUCAUCCCUGACAUUGAUGAGCCCAGCUUGAUUAAUGAAGACGUGAACCUGGAGCCAGAUCUCAGGCGCAAGGGGAUUUUUGCAGGAACAACUUUCAUUUUCCUCACAAGCAAGCAGCUCAAGCGUCUUGGUGCAGCAGUGAGUUUUGGAGGUGGGACGAGCCGACUCCUGGAGGAGGGCUCCCUGCCCCGUGACCUCCUGGAGUCCCCACAGAGCUGUGUGGUGGAUUUUACUGCUGGCAACUCCCAACCAAUCCUUCCAGCUUCAACCAUAGAUUGGCAUAAUUCUGUAAAAAACCUAGUUCAAAGGAAAGGCUUUCGAGUCAUCACAGAGUCUGAAAUUGGAUUGGCUGUCAUGUACGCCUCACGUGACAUUUACUGCAACCCUUCCAGUCUAAUUAAAGGCACAGUGACAAAGACGAUGUCAAGAAUUCCCAGUGAAUCUCUCUCCCAAAAUGUGGUGGAUGAAACCGUUUUACCUGCAGCAUCACAAAACAUCACAGCAUACGCAGUCAACACAGAGACGUCGCAAAUGACAGAGCACUCCGCGGAAAGGGGAAAUACAGCGCUGAGAAAGACUCAGGAGAAAAGGCAGAAUCACAGCACCUUUCUUCCAAAUGGCCCUAAAGCCACUACCCAGAAGAUGAGCACUCACUGCAUUGUGGCCAAUUCACCAUCGUUCAGUACAACAGAAAACGCACAUUCCCAGAUGAAGAAACUAGAGUCCAAAGUGGCAGGCCAGGACAUUAACAUAGCAACUUUUCAGCCUCCUUUGGAAAGGUCCACUGGUGGUAAGAAGACAUUCGAGCCCAAGAAAUUUCCUCAGAAAAAACAAAUCUCUCCACAAGUUUCCCCACAGAAACAAGCAACAAUGACCAGCUUUUUUAAACCGGUCAACAAGAAAAGGCCUUUGGACGAGGAGCUCUCCGUCGUCAUGUCAGAACCAAAGCGUCCUGUACUUGAAUCUGACAUCAACGUUCAGGUGGCAGAGACCUUUCCGGCAUCCAAAGAUGCUCCCUCGUGUUCAAACAAAGGCCUCGCGGCCCCUUCCCAGACACCUACGGACUCCGAAAAUGAUCUUUUCAUCGGUCGUGGGGCAGCUUUGUCCCACAUGAAACGAAAGAGGAAGGAGCUGGAAGAAGAAAUAGAUAUGGUCGAAUUGGAGUCCAUAAUGUCUGAGAGUAUGGACUCCUUGGAGGAGUCUUUUUCAGUCAGCAAAUCCCCGCAAGCGCUCAAUCAUUCUGAAUGGAUGUCAAAAGACAAAGAGGCUUUGAGUAAGAAGCAACGAGUAGCCCAUGAAAAUGAUGACAACAGGAUCGAAAGGUCACCGUUGGAAUUGGUAGAAGAGCUGGUCCCAUGUCAGCCUCACCACAGUGAGCACAAAAUUGUCUCCAGUACGACUGAGAAGCUUCAUCCAUCAACAGAGAGAAUGAGUAGCAAAUUUUCAUGUGGCAGCACAAGUCAGCAUGUUGAAGCUAACAGAGACUCCUCCAAAGAGGUGUCAGGCCACUUCAAAGGAGAUGAGGGGACUGGACUUCACCUCAUGAAACCUGUUGAUGUGAAACAGGAGACCAAAAACACACAACUGGAUGAAGACCUCCCUAAAAAGCUGAUUUUGGUGGAAUUUAGAUCCCUCACAGUGAACGUACUCCCCAAAACUAAACUACAGCAGGUGCACACCAACGGUUUUGUGAACAACUUCAAACAUUUCCGCAAGAUGCGGAUGCCCGGGACUGAGAACUCCGCACACAUCAUCAGGGGGGCUGAUCUGCUGGCUCACAACCGUGGCAAGAAUUCCGAACUCGAUGAAUGGCUGAAGGAUGCAGAGGAGGACGAGCGGCAGAGCAGACUGGAGGAGAGUGAAGGAGAUAACCUCUUUAGGUACAACCCUUCUAAAUUAACCAAGAAGAGAUGAAGAAGCAAGAAUGGUCGGAACAUCUCCAGUUAGAAUUCAAGUUUACGUUGCUGUCGCUACCAUGUUUAACCACUAAAAUGAGUCCAAUUGAUACUGUCCGAACAACACCACCGACGAGAAUAUUGUGCAAGUUUCGAUCGCGUUCUGAGGUUUUACGUUUAGUUAAUUUUAUUUGUGAAUAAUGAAAAAAAUAUGACAUUUCAGUCUGCAGUUGUGCAAGAACGCAUUAAAGGUUUACCUGCCAAUAGUAGUUUUUCUUUUUUUGUGUGUACAGUUAAGACCAAUUGAUUGUCCUCCUUCAGCUCACUUAAGCAGAUGAGAGGUGAAGAAAUGGAUGACGUAAUUAGUUAUACAUUUGUACAAUUCUGUGAUGUUGAUUAAGUUUUCCCUGAACAUUUUUCAGCUAAAUGGAGUGCACUACUUGACAUGAAUCAGCAGAGUCGCUGUUGAUUCACU